AUGAUUGCCAAAGCUAACAUUAUGCAGUUUGGUGCAAAUGCUAAACCCUGUUCAGAUGAAGACACCAUGAUUUUGCCGUUUGUCAGUGUGAAAUAGACUUCCAGUCCUCUGAAGUUUUCAAUUGACAUCAUUGCAUAACCCUUACUAUAUUAAUUUAAAUUACUCCAUUUUUAGCUAUAGGGUAUAAUGUGAGCUUAACAACCAAAGAGAUUGCGGAAACCAUAGCAAAAACAUACCAAAUGAUCUUCUUAAAAUCAUUCAGAACCAACCAAUAUUGAGUUAUAAAGUUAUUUUCAGAUUGCUCCUGGUUCUAGUUUGUAUUAUGAAACUAUUCUUGUUAUGCAGCGAAUUCUGCUAAUGGAUAAAGUCUCCCAUCUUUAACCUAAACUCCUUUA